AUGGCCGAAGGUGAGGAUACCCAAGCAGUUAGACUGGGAACCCCGGUUUCAGCAAGUUUGACUCAAAAUUCGACUGAGUCUCCAAAGACAAAGAGUAAAUCAUCGAAUUUAUUUCAAAAUGCAUUACAAACCUGGACAGAAAUUGAUUUAGCAAGCUUACAGAAGAAACUCGAUGACCAAGGUAUAGAAUUGAAAGAUGAACAGAAAACUUCUUUACUAAGUAGAAAGAAUUUAGCAGCAAAGACCAAAGAAUUUAAGAAAUUACCGGAUGAUGUUAAAUUACAGGAUAUGAAAAGUUUGUUAAAGUUAUAUCAGAAUGAAAUUGAUUCAUUAACUAAUAAGCAGAAGAAGGUUGAAAACUAUUUUUUCGGUUUUUAUAGAUUAAUUGCUGAAGCUCCUGAUCCAAGACCUUUAUUAGAAUUAUCAUUAGAUGCUGUUGUUGAUUCAUCUGAAACAAAUAAUUUCAAAAAGGAAAUUGCUAAAUUGAAUGAGGAGCUUUCUAAAAAAGCUGAUUAUGAUCAAUUAAAACAAAGAUUAUUAAGAAAUGAACAAAAAUCAGCAGAAUUAUUAAGUUCAAAAUUACAAUCAAAGGAAGAAGAAUUAAAAGCUAUAAUUGAUGAAAAAGAAUCUAACUGGGCAAAUAAAGAAUCCAAUUUUGAAUCUCAAUUAAAUGAAUAUAAAAAUAAGAUUGAAGAAUUAAGAACAUCAAAAGAAGUUACUGAAUUACAAUUAAAUUCUCAAAAUAAACAAAUUGGUGAUAAUAAUUCUAAUAUAUCAGCAUCAGCAUUAGCAGAAUUAGAAAUUGUUUCAAGGGAUGCAGAAUCAGCUAAGAAAAGAGUAAUUGAAUUAGAAAAAAGAAAUGAAUCAUUAAGAAGUGAAUUAUCAAGAUCUCAAAAUGAUGCAGAAAGAAAACAAUUAAGAGAAGAAUUAACUAAAAAAAUUUCUGAAUUGGAAGGAGAAAAUGCAUUGUUAGUUGCCGAUCUAAAUCAAACUAAAAAUAAACUUGAACUUAUUUCUAAAGAAAAUGAUUCUAAAAUUCAUAUUUUUAAUCGGGAAAUUUCCCAAUUAACUUUAGAAGUUAAAAAUCUUAAAGUAAGAAUAGAUCAAACUAAUGAUUAUGAAGAAAUUAAACAUGAAUUACAUCUCAUGAGACAAAUUGAAUUUGGUCAAGAUGAUGAAGAAGUAAUUGAAAACGGUGAAUAUAAACAAAUCGAUUCAUUAUUAAUUGAAAGAAAUAAAAAUUUAACACAAGAAUUAGCAGAUUACAGAUCACAACACGAAGAUCUCAAUAAAAGAAUAACCGCAUUAGAUGAAGACUUAAUCAAAACUAAAGAAGAAUUAACAAAAGCUUAUCAACUUAAUAAUAAGUUAGAAAAUGAUUUAAGUGAUUUACAAGAUGCAUCUAAUAAUAAAUUUAAUGAUAACAUGAGUUUAGUAUCUGGAGUUAGUAGAAUGACUCGUCCAUUUGGUAGAGAAGGUAGCUUACCAAAUAUUGGAGGUGAAGAAUCGUCUAUUUUACCGAUUAUCACUAAACAAAGAGAUAGAUUUAGAGAUAAAAAUAAUGAAUUAGAAGAUGAAGUUAGAAAACAAUAUGGAGUAAUAAGUGACUUAAAAAGACAGAUGAAUUCAUUAAAGAAAGAUAACGAAGAAUUAUAUGAAAGAACUAGAUACUUAGCUUCUUUUAAAAAUAAUAAUAAUAAUUCUAAUUUAUUCACUCCAGUUGCAUCUCAAUCUUUUAGUUCUAGAACCUCGAAUCGAAAAUUACUAGAUCCAUCUCCCUCUAAUAAUGUUGAUCUCGAAAGUAAUACUGAAUAUCAAGAUAAUUAUGAAUCAAAAUUACAUCCAAUUGAACAAUUCAGAAAAAGAGAGCGAGAAAGAAUCAAUUCUAGAUUAUCUCCAAUAGAAAGAUUAUUUAUUUCUCUCACCAGAGCAAUUCUAGCAACAAGAACUACAAGAAUGUUAUUCAUGGCUUAUUGCUUUGGUUUGCAUUGUAUAGUAAUGUUCAUUACUAUCUACGCCAUGAGUUUAAGUACUCAAUUCAUGCCCGAAGUCGGCUUAAACUCCAGCACUGGUGGGGUAGCCAAUGGUAUGCCUGGGUCUCCUGACACUCCAGGUAACGUCGGAUACCAGGCUCCUAGUAGCUGA